GGGUUGGGCACUUUUACAGCUGUUGCUGGUGGUGUUGUUGUCUCAAGCUGAGGAGCCAGUGUGCAGGCAGAGAGGGGAUCCUGAGAGCCCUCAAUUAUUUAAGGACGGAGACAUUAUAUUGGGGGGAAUGUUGUCUUUUCACAGCAGGUGGAAGGACAGACAGGAGACCUACAUGCACAAACCUCUGCCGCUGGAAUGCACCAGUUUGAAUUUCAGAGAGUUCCAGUUUGCUCAGUCUAUGCUUUUUGCCAUUGAGGAGAUAAACAACAGCACAGACCUGCUGCCUGGCGUCUCUCUUGGAUAUAAAAUCUAUGACACUUGUGGCUCCAUUGCCAGAAGUGUACGAGUUGCUCUGGCUUUGACUAAUGGGAAUGAAAUUGUGUCUGCACCCUCUGAGGAACCUUGUACCAAACCUGCACAAGUGCAGGCCAUCAUGGGAGAAACAUCUUCCUCUCCUACCACAGCAAUAGCUACUGUCAUUGGACCCUUUCAUAUACCAAUGAUCAGCCACUUUGCCACAUGUGCUUGUCUGAGUGACAAAAGCAAAUACCCAUCCUUCCUCAGAACGAUACCCAGCGACUACUACCAGAGCAGAGCUCUGGCCCAGUUGGUCAAGCACUUUGGUUGGACUUGGGUUGGAGCUAUUAGAACAAAUGAUGAUUAUGGCAAUAAUGGCAUGGCUACAUUCAUAGAGAUUGCACAGCAGCUGGAUAUCUGUCUGGAGUACUCUGUGUCAUUUUUUAGAACAGAUCCAUCUGACAAGAUACAAAAGAUGAUUGAAAUUAUCAAGGCUUCAACCUCGAGAGUGAUUGUUGCGUUCCUGUCCCACAUGGACAUGGAUGUGUUAAUACAUGAGCUGUCGCACCACAACCUGACAGGAUACCAGUGGGUAGGCAGUGAAUCCUGGAUCUUUGAUUCCCAAAUAGCAGCAAUAGAUGAACAUCACAUUCUGGAUGGAGCCAUCGGCCUUUCCAUCCCCAAAGCACAUGUCAGCGGCCUGAAGGCCUUCAUGAUGAAUGUGAAGCCGCUGAAUUCGUCAAAUAAUAAAAUGUUCACAGAGUUCUGGGAAACAUUAUUUAGCUGUAAAUUCAAUCAGUCAAAGUCCUCAGCAGAGAUUCAGAGAGACUGUACUGGACAGGAAGACCUGACAGGAGUUCAGAACAGCUUCACUGAUAUGUCACUCAUGCCGAUCUUCAACAACGUCUAUAAGGGAGUGUAUGCAGUGGCUCAUGCACUUCACAGCAUGCUCAGCUGUAACAAAACAUGCACCAAGGACUUACAGCUAGAUCCAAUCACGAUUUUGCAGCACAUACAAAACAUUCACUUCAAAACAAAAGACGGAGAGGAGGUCUACUUUAAUGAGAAUGGAGAUCCUGCAGCAAAAUAUGAAAUCAUAAACUGGCAGCCAAGAGAAAAGGGAAUUGUGGACUUUGUCAGUGUUGGUCUUUAUGAUGCAUCAUUAUCUGCAGACAAACAGCUCAAUCUGCAAAAUACAUCUUUAAUUUGGGCACAGAACUCACAGCAGGUACCUGUGUCAGUUUGCAGUGAGAAAUGUCCCCCAGGAACUCGAAAGGUUCUCCAGAAAGGAAAACCUGUCUGCUGCUAUGACUGCAUAAGAUGUGCAGAGGGAGAAAUCAGCAACAUCACAGAUUCUGUCACCUGUACAAGAUGUCCUCCUGAAUUCUGGUCAAAUAACAGAAGAGAUGCCUGUAUAAAGAAGGAGGCAGUGUUUCUGUCAUUUGAAGAAAUUAUGGGAGCUCUGCUCACUACAGCGUCUUUAUUUGGAACAUGCAUGACUGCACUUGUGGCAUAUAUUUUCUUCAGAAACAGAAAAACUCCAAUCGUCAGGGCAAACAACUCUGAGUUGAGCUUCCUGCUGCUGUUCUCUUUAACUCUGUGCUUCCUGUGCUCUCUGACCUUCAUCGGUCGACCCUCUGAGUGGUCCUGCAUGCUGAGACACACAGCGUUCGGCAUCACCUUCGUCCUCUGCAUCUCUUGUGUUUUGGGGAAAACGAUGGUGGUUUUGAUGGCCUUCAGGGCGACUCUUCCAGGCAGUAAUGUGAUGAAAUGGUUCGGGCCUGCACAGCAGAGACUCAGUGUUCUGGGAGUCACUCUUAUACAAAUUAUCAUUUGUAUCCUCUGGUUAAUAAUUUCUCCUCCUUUUCCAUCAAUGAAUUUUAAGGAAUUUAAGGACAAAAUCAUCUUAGAGUGUGCUCUGGGCUCAGCUGUUGGCUUCUGGGCCGUGCUGGGGUACAUCGGACUUCUGGCUGUGCUAUGUUUCAUUUGUGCUUUUCUGGCUCGAAAGCUGCCUGAUAAUUUUAAUGAGGCCAAAUUCAUCACCUUCAGCAUGUUGAUAUUCUGUGCAGUGUGGAUCACUUUUAUCCCAGCGUAUGUCAGCUCUCCUGGGAAGUUCAGUGUUGCUGUAGAGAUAUUUGCUAUUCUGGCCUCCAGUUUUGGACUUUUAAUUUGCAUCUUUAUCCCCAAAUGCUACAUCAUCUUACUGAGACCAGAGAAGAAUACAAAAAAGAAUAUGAUGGGGAAGGGGGCAAUAAAAUGAUUCUGAAAACAAUGUAGUUAUGAAGGAAUUUUAGUGCCAUGGACACUUUUUCAUAAUAGUUUGUUAAUCCUCUGAACCCCAAAACUCCCAGGCAUGUUGUCAGUCGAAAAGAAAAGCAAAAAUGAAAGCACUUAGUGCAGCCAAAAACUGCAAAAUUAGAAUGAAUCACUGAAUCUUCAACUUUCUGAUGGCCCGUCUCACCUGUCACAUGCUAUUCGGUCAGAAAAUCCAACCAAAUUUGAGCUGAACAUAACAAUAUUACAUCAAAAUCACAUUAUUUUACAAGUCUCAUUUAAAAAGUUAGGGAAAAUAAGCCAUGUGCACAAGAUCAUAUGAAAAAAAAGAAUUCUGACAUCCUUGGUGCAAAUGAGAAGGUAAAUGAUAAGUCUCCAAAAUUUAGGGACUCUUAAUUUGAACUGCAGGCUGUGUUAACAGAGCAGAAGCAACACAUAUUGAAACAAAUUUCAAAUAUAAACAGUGAAACAUCAAUAGUAAGUAGAGCUUCCAUUUUUUCCAGUAUAGUAGCACCUGUGGGCACUUGGAAAGUGUUGCACUUGUUUAUUCUAGUAUUUUACAAUUCAUAUUAAUGAAAUAAUCAAAGAAAUUAAACUUUAUACGGUAUAUAAUAAAGUCUAAUUUUCUUUCCCUUCAAGAAAGACAUUUUUGAGUUUUCUCUACUUCUAGCCAAGUUUGUCUUGAUUCCAUAGAGGUGGACAAUUUUAGGUUACAGUAAAAAAAUAAGCCCAUGGAGAAUUAAAAUGUGACAGAAACUGGACUGAACCUGGGGUUCAGAAGCUUAACCAAACUGUCAAGUACAGACUUAUCCUCAAUUACUUAAAGAUAUGUCUUGUACUACUAGAAUGUAUAUUCACUGUUAUCUGAUAUCAAAAAUGUAGCAUCUAGUACAA